AGCAGUGAUACUUCACCGGAGCGUUGUAUGGGCAGGAAGUUCUGUGUUCCCGGCUUAUCAUCACCUUGUGUCACAGCAGCUGCCUCAUUUACACCAGAGACCUGUGACAAGCUAAACUUUCUGGACCUGACAAGGAAUAGGUUUAAGGAUGAGUUCUGUUCAUUAUUUUGCCACAUAGCACCGGGUGCUCCUGGGGAUAAAGUGGAGAUGCUUACAGUCUGUUCUGCUACCGGGAUCUCUACACCCUAAACUAAGCAAUCAGUAUAAUAUUAACGACUGUACAUAGAAACACACUGGACACUAAAUAAGCAGAUACAUUUUUUUAAAUUGCAUUUAGAAGACUUUCUUUUAAGGUAUUUGGAAUGGGAAAACAUGAUCACUCUAUUUUCUGCGCUGUGCAAGAGUAGCUGCCCCAGACCCUGCAGGCAAGAGGGGUGCAGCACAGGGAUUCUGCUGUGCCUGGGAUUUAAUUCAUAGGCUGCCUGGACAUGCCAGGAGAGUGGUGACAGGUAGACCUCAGCUUGGUCACAGACAAUGCUAAAAGGUGUUAGCGCUGUCCUUGGGUGGACAUAGAGGUUAUGGGAGUGUAAUAGCAAACAUACUUUAUACUGCUUUUGCUUUGUUUUCAUCGCAAGUGAAGCUAUAUCUCAAAAACUAGAAGUGAUGGCAUCAGAAGUGGUGUGUGGACUUGUCUUUAGAUUGCUUCUCCCAAUAUGCCUUCUAGUUGCAUGCAUGUUCCGGUACAAUGGAAUAUCACUUGUCUACCUCAUCUACCUCUUGCUCAUUCCUUUAUUUGCAGAACCUACCAAAAUAACAAUGAAAGGGCAUACAGGACGGUUAUUAAAAUCCUUAUGUAUCUUCAGUCUAUCAGUUCUGCUGCUUCAUAUCAUCUUUCAAAUAACAAUACACAGCCUUGAAGUUAAAAAAAACAUCGAACCAGAUUAUAAUUGCACAACGUGGGAAAAAGUAAUACGCCAGAUUGGAUUUGAAAGAGUAAAGGGAGCAGAUGCUGGCAAUGGGAUCCGAGUGUUUUUACCAGAUAUUGGGAUAUUUAUUGCCAGUUUGGCUACAUUGGUGGUGUGCAGGAAGAUUAUCCAGAAACCAGUUACUGAAGAUGAUGCACAAUACAACACCCAGUUUGUAAAUGAAGAAAUGACAGAAGUAGGAAAGCUGGACAUAGAUGAGGCAAUGAUAUAUGAGGAAGACUUUGAUGGAGUCGAUGAUGGGAAUGAAGAGGCAGAAGAAAGUGCAAAAUUAAGACUUCUCCGCAAAAUUGCUUUUUUUGCUUCAAAACUUAAAGAGUUUAUCGGCAACAUUAUAACAACCGCCGGAAAAGUAGUUAUAACAAUUUUACUUGGCGUUACAGGCAUGAUGUUACCAUCUUUGACCUCUGCUGUCUAUUUCUUUGUAUUUUUGGGGCUAUGCACAUGGUGGUCCUGUUGCCGAGUAUUUGAUCCGCUGAUAUUCAGCUGUCUAUGUGUAUUAAUGGCCAUAUUCAGUGCAGGGCACUUGAUUGGACUUUAUAUGUACCAGUUACAAUUUUUUCAAGAAAUCAUUCCACCAAGUGAUUACUAUGCCAGGUUGUUUGGUGUCACUUCAUUAGUUCAAACUGACUGUACAAACACAUGGAAGUUCGUAACAAACCUUGACCUAAAAUGGUACCAUUAUACUAACCCAGUUAUGCUGUUGGUAUUGUAUUACACGUUGGCUACUCUCAUACGUCUUUGGCUACAGGAACCUCUUAAAUUGUUUGAAAAAGUAAGCAAGGAAAACCCUGUAGAACAUGAAUGCACAGAGGAGGAGGAAAAGGAAGGUGAUCGAAGCCCACUCACUGCAGAAAGAAGACGCAGUCUUUGGUACGCUAGCCACUAUACCACCGAUGAGAGAAAGCUUCUUUCAAUGACUCAAGAUGAAUACAAGCCUGCAGAUGUUUUGCUAGUAACGGUAAAUGGAGCACCUGUAGAUUAUCAUACCAUAAAUACAGCCCUUCCUUUGGAGAAUGGACCAACUAAAAUAAACAUGUAUUCAACACCACAAUACAAAUGGGAGCACACAGAUGAAACUUCAGAAAAGAAAGAAGAGGAAGAAGUUGAAUCUGUGGAAGAAGUUUCUGAGAUAAAAGAAAAUGUGAAAGUUCAUGUAAUGGUGACAGUUUUUCAGUUUAUUAUGAAGCAAAGUUACAUCUGUGCUCUCAUUUCAAUGAUGGCUUGGAGUAUUACAUACCACAGCUGGCUAACCUUUGUGCUACUGAUUUGGUCAUGUGCUCUAUGGAUGAUUCGUGAUCGGAGGAAGUAUGCCAUGAUUAGUUCACCAUUCAUGGUCAUUUAUGGAAAUUUGCUACUAAUCUUACAGUAUAUUUGGAGCAUAAACUUACCAACAGAACUGAAAGAUGUUCCCCAGUUACUAAAACGGAAGGAACCCGAUGAACUUGCAUCAAAGAUCAUUUUCACAGUCACUUUCUGGCUUUUGCUCAGACAACACCUUACUGAGCAAAAGGCAUUAAAAGUAAAAGAAGCAACCUUGUCAGAAAUAAAAGUUGGAAGUGAAGAAAAAGAAGAAGUGCAGGAACCGGAGGAGGAAGAGGAUGACAAUGAUAUCAUGAAAGUCUUGGGAAAUAUGGUCAUGGCAAUGUUUGUGAAAUACUGGAUUUAUGUGUGCGGGGGCAUGUUCUUUUUCGUCAGCUUUGAGGGAAAAAUCGUUAUGUACAAAAUUAUCUAUAUGAUGCUCUUCCUAUUCUGUGUAGCUCUAUAUCAGGUACACUAUGAAUGGUGGAGAAGAAUUUUAAAGUAUUUUUGGAUGUCUGUAGUUGUUUACACCAUGUUGGUGCUUAUAUUAAUUUAUACUUACCAGUUUGAAUCAUUUCCUCCACUUUGGAUGAAUAUGACUGGAUUGGACAAAGAAAAGCUGUCAGAUCUUGGUUUAGAAACCUUUACUCUGACUGACUUGUUCGCUCGUAUAUUUAUCCCAACAUCAUUUUUGCUGGUGUGUAUAUUACACCUUCAUUAUUUUCACGACCAUUUCCUGCAGCUUACUGAUCUUAAGGCUGUAGCCAGCAAGCAAGACAACACAAUAUACAGCCAUGCCAAAGUUAAUGGUCGUGUUUACCUAAUAAUAAAUAGCAUCAAGAAAAAAAUUCCAAUUCACCAAAAUGAAUUGGUGCAUCCAGAGGGAAGUUUACCUGACAUAACUAUGAUGAACUUAACUGCAGAAAAUGGAAUGAAACUUGAGAGCUAUGAAGGAGAGAAAGGACUUGAUAAAGAUUCAGAUGAGGAGUGGGAAAAGGGAGAUGAUAAAGGAAAAGGAGAUAUGGAUGAGGAGAUGGAGGCUGAAGAAUAUGAAUCGGAAGAAGAGGAAACCACGGAUUCUAGAAAUAAAUGGCAUCUGGUAAUUGACAGAUUAACAGUUCUUUUCCUAAAAUUCCUGGAAUACUUUCAUAAGUUGCAACUCUUUGUAUGGUGGAUAUUGGAACUUCAUAUCAUAAAAAUUGUUUCUUCAUACAUCAUAUUGGUCACAGUAAAAGAGGUAUCCCUGCUCAAUUAUGUGUUUUUGAUUGCCUGGGCGUUUGCCUUGCCCUAUUCCCAAUUACGACCACUAGCAUCAAGUGUUUGCACUGUAUGGACAUGUGUAAUCAUUGUAUGUAAAAUGUUGUACCAGCUUACCUCCAUUGAACCAAUUAAGUUUUCCAGUAACUGCACUGUGCCAUCGGUGAACCAGACAAAUGUGGAAGACAGAGAAGAACUUAUGUCUUCAGUUCUCUACAGUUCUUCAGUCGAUCCAUCAGGGUGGGUGGGGCUAAAGAAAUCCACCCCACUGCUUUCUUACUUGCGGAACAAUUUACUCAUGCUGGCCAUAUUAGCUUUUGAGGUGACCAUCUACCGGCAUCAGGAGUAUUACAGAUGCCGAAACAACGUCACCGCCCCUGCCACUAAAACAAUCUUUCAUGAUAUCACAAGGCAACACCUCGAUGAUGGUCUCAUUAAUUGUGCCAAGUUUUUCAUAAACUACUUCUUCUAUAAGUUUGGAUUGGAGACCUGUUUCUUACUGUCUGUUAAUGUAAUUGGCCAGAGAAUGGACUUCUUUGCCAUGAUUCAUGCGUUUUGGCUGUUUGGCGUAUUAUACCGACGCAGAAGAAAAUCUAUUGCAGAAACCUGGCACAGAUACUGCUGCUUUCUUGCAUGUAUUAUUACAUUCCAGUAUUUGUUCUGCAUUGGCAUUCCCCCUGCUCCAUGUAAAGAUUAUCCUUGGAGACAUUAUGGAGCCAAGUUUGACUCAAAUUUAAUAAAAUGGCUGUAUUUUCCAGACUUCAUUGUGAGACCUAACCCAUUAUUUCUUGUCUACGAUUUUAUGUUGUUGCUGUGUGCAUCACUUCAAAGACAAAUUUUUGAGGAUGAAAAUAAAGCAGCGGUACGAAUCAUGGCGGGAGACAAUGUAGAAAUCUGUAUGAACCUUGAUGCUGCAUCAUUUAGCCAACAUAAUCCCGUUCCUGACUUCAUUCACUGCAGGUCAUAUUUGGACAUGUGUAAAGUCAUAAUGUUUAGUUACCUCUUCUGGUUUGUCCUCACUAUCAUCUUCAUUACGGGAACUACACGAAUCAGCAUAUUCUGUAUGGGAUACUUGGUAGCUUGUUUCUAUUUCCUUUUGUUUGGUGGAGAUCUUCUACUAAAGCCUAUAAGAAGCAUAUUACGAUACUGGGAUUGGUUGAUUGCCUACAAUGUGUUUGUUAUAACGAUGAAAAAUAUAUUAUCGAUAGGAGCAUGUGGUUACAUUAAAUCAUUAAUCAAGAACAGUUGCUGGUUAAUUCAGGCAUUCAGUCUGGCAUGUACUGUAAAAGGCUAUGACAUCCCUCCAAAUACUGUGGAAUGUCAGCUGCCAAGUGGAGAGGCUGGGAUCAUAUGGGACAGUAUAUGCUUUGCCUUUCUUUUACUGCAGAGAAGAGUAUUUAUGAGCUAUUACUUCCUACAUGUAGUCGCAGACAUAAAGUCCUCUCAGAUCCUUGCAUCAAGAGGUGCUGAACUUUUUCAAGCUACAAUUGUCAAAGCCGUAAAAGCAAGAAUUGAAGAAGAAAAAAAAUCUAUGGACCAACUCAAGAGACAGAUGGACCGUAUUAAAGCCAGACAACAGAAAUACAAAAAAGGAAAAGAGAGAAUGUUAAGUCUUGUCCAGGAAUCAGGAGAGGGACAAAGUAUUCAGAAAUGUGAAGAAGAUGAUGAUGAUGGAGAAGCAGACAAAGAGAAAGCCAAGGGCAAAAAAAAGCAGUGGUGGCGGCCUUGGGUUGAUCAUGCUUCCAUGGUCAGAAGCGGUGAUUAUUAUUUGUUUGAGACGGACAGUGAAGAGGAAGAAGAUGAUGACAAAAAGGAUGAGGAUGAACUAAGGAAAAAAUCAGCUUUCCAGUUUAUGUAUCAAGCCUGGAUUACAGAUCCCAAAACUGCCCUUAAACAACGAAACAAAGAAAACAAAGAAGAAAAGGAGAGGAAAAUGAAACACAAAGGUGUUGGAGAAGGUCAUGUUAUCAUAGAAUGUGAAGACAAAGAGGACGAACAUGAAAAAAAGAAGUCAGAUGGCCCAGACAAUAUCAUUAAAAGAAUAUUCAACAUCUUGAAGUUUACAUGGGUACUUUUUCUUGCCACAUUGGAUAGUUUCACAACUUGGCUCAACUCAAUUUCACGAGAACACAUUGAUAUUUCAAGAGUCUUAAGAAUAGAACGUUGUAUGCUGACCAGAGAGAUAAAAAAGGGAUACGUUCCAACCCGGGAGAGCAUUCAUAUGUAUUAUCAAAAUCACAUAAUGAUGAACCUUUCCAGAGAGUCAGGUCUAGACAGAAUUGAUGACCAACCUGGGUCAUCUUCCAAUCCCCAAACAUAUGAUCAGAUAGCAAGUAAGAGGAUGGACAGUAUGGACUCGGCAGCUUCUCAUGAUAGCAUAUCCAGCUGUUACACUGAAGCAACCAUGCUGUUCUCAAGGCAGUCCACACUCGACGAUAUAGAUGGACCAGACACAAUACCAAAAACAAGUGAGCGUGCUCGUCCUAAGCUUCGUAAAAUGUACAGCAUGGAAAUGUCUUCUUCAUCUGGCGACAGUGGCAGUAUAGCGUCAAGUGAGCCAACCCAGUGCACCAUGGUCUAUUCACGACAGGGAACAACAGAAACAAUUGAAGAAGUUGAAGAUGAACAUGAGGAAGAAGGCAAAAGCCCAACUUCAAACUUAGAAGAAGAGGCCAAGGAAUAUGACAUAGACAUGGAGGAAGCAAGCUACACUCCCGAUGCAGAAAUGCCACUGUAUUCUACAGAUGGGGACAUUCCACCAUCCUAUAGUAAAGCAGUUAGCUUUGAGCAACUUUCAUUUGCAUCCCAAGAUGACUCCGCAGAUAACAAUUUAAUGGUUUUAAGCCCAGAUGACAGUCGUACAGACAAGAUGCAUGACUCUAUAUUGCCACCCCUAACACACGAACUGACUGCGAGUGAGCUGCUUCUCAACAAGAUGUUUCAAGAUGAAGAAUUGGAAGAAUCUGAAAAAUUUUAUGAUGGUCAGCCAAGGCUUCUGCUCCUUAUUUAUGCAUUGUACAAUACUUUGGUAGCUAGAUCAGAAAUGGUGUGCUAUUUUGUGAUUAUUUUAAAUCACAUGAUCUCAGCUUCAAUGAUUACAUUGGUGCUACCUAUCCUUAUAUUUCUGUGGGCUAUGCUAUCCGUCCCCAGACCCAGUAAGAGGUUUUGGAUGACUGCCAUUGUGUAUACCGAGGUAACAAUUGUUAUUAAGUAUUUUUUUCAAUUUGGAUUCUUUCCUUGGAAUAAACAUUUGGAAUACACAAAGGACAAGCCUUACUUCGCUCCAAAUAUAAUUGGCAUUGAAAAGAAAGAAGGUUAUGUACACUAUGACCUGGUCCAACUACUUGCUUUGUUUUUCCAUAGAUCUAUUUUAAAGUGCCAUGGUCUAUGGGAUGAAGAUGACAGCAGUGAAAAUAUCGCAAGUAAACACGACACAGAUGAUGAAAUGUCUGACACCUCAGGGAGAAGAGAUUCAGUUGGCUCAUUAAAGUCGGUUAACCUUGCUGCAUCUGUGGAGUCUAUCCAUGUUCAUUUCCCUGAGGAAAAGGCAGCCAUUAGGAGGAAAAGCUCCAGUAGUGGUUCCCAAAUUUCCCGCAGGUCCAGUUAUUCCACUAACAGGUCUAAAAGAGGUAGUACUAGUACCCGGAACAGCAGCCAAAAAGGAAGCAGUGUGAUAAGUGUUAAACAAAAGACCAAAAAGGAACUGUUAAUGGAAAAACUUAGAGAGCAACUUAUCAAGGCAAAAGCAUUUAUCAUUAAGACGACACUACAGAUAUAUGUGCCGAUCAAGCAGUUUUUCUACAAUCUUAUUCACCCGGAUUACAGUGCAGUGACAGAUGUCUAUGUGCUAAUGUUCCUUGCAGAUACUGUUGACUUCAUCAUAAUUGUAUUUGGUUUCUGGGCAUUUGGAAAACACUCAGCUGCUGCAGAUAUCACCUCCUCUCUCUCAGAAGACCAGGUGCCUGAGGCCUUCUUAGUGAUGGUGUUGAUCCAGUUUGGAACUAUGGUGGUGGAUCGGGCUCUUUAUCUAAGAAAAACUGUUGUGGGAAAAGUCAUUUUUCAAGUUAUCCUUGUGUUUGGCAUACAUUUCUGGAUGUUCUUUAUUUUGCCUGGCGUGACAGAAAGAAAAUUUAGUCAGAACACUGUUGCCCAACUGUGGUAUUUUGUGAAGUGUAUUUAUUUUGGAUUAUCAGCAUAUCAGAUACGAUGUGGGUAUCCAACCAGGGUGCUUGGCAACUUCCUCACUAAAAGCUACAAUUAUGUCAACUUAUUCUUAUUUCAAGGCUUUCGCCUGGUUCCCUUCUUAACUGAGUUGCGAGCUGUCAUGGAUUGGGUAUGGACAGAUACAACCCUCAGCCUUUCCAGCUGGAUCUGUGUGGAAGAUAUUUAUGCUCACAUAUUUAUACUAAAAUGCUGGAGAGAGUCAGAAAAGAGAUAUCCUCAGCCACGAGGACAGAAGAAAAAGAAGGUUGUGAAAUAUGGAAUGGGUGGCAUGAUUGUGGUUCUUUUAAUUUGCAUUGUUUGGUUCCCUUUGCUCUUCAUGUCAUUAAUUAAAUCAGUCGCAGGUGUUACCAACAAGCCUCUGGAUGUCUCCAUUAAAAUUACACUCGGAGGAUAUCAGCCCAUAUUUACCAUGAGUGCUCAACAAAACCAGCUUCAAGAUGUGAACGGCAGUGCAUUCAAUGUUUUUUCAAAAUCUUUCAAGAGUGCAGCUGCCCUUCAGUUCCUGGAGGCUUAUGGAAGAGAAGACAUCACCAUUGCAGAACUUGAAGGGAAUUCAAAUUCUUUAUGGACCAUUAGUCCUCCAAGUCGAAAAAUGAUGAUAGAAGGACUGGUUGACUUGAAAUAUGAGUUCUCACUUGUUAUUUCCUGGACAAUUCAAAGAAAUAUGAGUCUUGGUGCUAAAGCAGAGAUAACAGGGGAUAAAUACACAGUCAAAUUGCCAGACCAUACUCGGGAGAGUCUUGCAAAAAUCAUGGAUUCAACAGAAGCAAAACCAGUGGAUCUAGAAAACAUAUACCCAUGGUAUAUUAAAGCUCCAAGUGACUCCACUGCAAAACCCAUCCCACAACUUCUCAGAGAGGAAGAAUUUGUAAAUAUUACUGUUACAUUAAAAAGAGAGAACUCUUCAAAUGGUAUUCGAGAGUGGUGGGUUGUUAGCCAAAAAAAUAAGAAAUUCAGCACAAAAGAGGGUCUUGAGCUCUGCGUAUUUAGUGACAAGGUCAGCCCUCCAAGUCUUGGAUUUUUAGCAGGUUAUGGUAUAAUGGGAUUAUAUGCUUCAGUGGUACUGGUGAUAGGAAAGUUUGUGCGUGAAUUCUUCAGUGGAAUAUCUCACUCAAUCAUGUUUGAAGAACUACCAAAUGUGGACCGUAUUCUCAAAUUGUGUACAGAUAUUUUUCUAGUACGAGAGACAGGAGAACUGGAACUUGAAGAAGACCUGUAUGCCAAAUUAAUAUUCCUUUACCGAUCACCAGAAACUAUGAUCAAAUGGACAAGGGAAAAAAAUAAGUGAUGCUUAUGAACACUACUGUAAAAAAUUCAGUUGAUUGCACCUGAAUUAUUAAAAAGCACAAUAUUCAAAUGAGAGUUUUUAUCUCUUGCAAUGAAGUAGCAGUGUUUUCUCACCAACAGAGAACAGUAGUAACAUAUUUUGGAGUUCACAAUGCCUUUGAAAAAAGGAUUGAUGCUGCACAAGUAUUUGAAAUCAAAACAAUUAUGGAAUAUUCUCUGCAUACGGGAAUCAUGCUUAUUGCCCAAAAUAAUGAAGACAAAGCCCAGGUGGAGGUUUUGGGGCAGAGGAACAGUGCACAAGAAAGCAAAAAUAUAUAUGUAUCCAAAAGGUGUGGACUAUACACGUGCUUCUUCUGAAACAUCUCUUGGAAUGUGCAAUAUGCUGCUUUAAGGUGUCACUAAGGUCAUAAUAUGUUAAUUCAUGAGUAUUUUGGGACUUGAUACAGCAAGGGUUUAAAGAGACUAUAAACUUGCCUGUUUAAGGAAACAGAUUAUUUAUGCAUUCGAGCCUCAAUGGACAUACACAAGAUGAAAAAAAAAAUACACAAAGUGACAAUCUUGUUAACUGCCUUAUUUUUAUUUGUACAGUCCAGAAACAUAUUUCCAUCAAUCACCAUUGACUUUUCUCAGGAAAAUAAACUCGCUAUAAAGCGUACAGUAAGAUACUAUAAAUAAAAACAUAGAAUGUUUUAAAGGCCAUUCUCUAUGACUAUUACUUUAAAUUGGACAAAAGGUAAUUAAAUAUUAAAUGGGCUGGCUACAGUGCAUGACUUCAUAGGUUGCUUAACUGCCUUUCUAGGAACUUGACAUUUCGCUUCCAGUUUUUAAAUGUAAUUAAAAAAAAAGUUUACAUUGCAUAUUCAUAACAUUUUUAUAACACCUAAAAUAGCUUUUUAAGCUCCUCGUUAAUGAUCAUAGUUUAUCACGUUUUAUAAAAAUGGCCUAUCCUAAUUUAUUAUACUAUAGACAAUUCAAGCUCUUCAUCAGAAAGCAUUGUAGCAUGAAAAUUAGUAUGACCAUCUUGAAAGAAAAAAUUAGCCAUAUACCUGGUUAGGGAAUGUAGAAUACAUUAUAUAGGUCAAAACCAGUAAUGGCUAAAAUAAAUAAAGCACAUGUUGCAAAUUCA